AUGCACGUGACGUUCGCCGUCAUGUGCCUCGGGUUAGCUCUGGUGUUCGCUGAUCAAAAUCUCUUGGCGCCCAAUCUCACGGCGAUCGCGAAUGACCUGGGAUUGGAUGAAAAGGAGAGGGACUACAAGCUCGGCGGACAGAUAGCUUUUGCGUUUUUUCUGCUCGGCGCGCCCGCAUCAGUGUUGAUCGGAUCGCUGGCGGAUUACUACUCGAGGACGCGAUUAUUCGCUUGGACAAUGUUGCUGGGGUCGUGCCCGAACGCGCUUGCGAUAUGGGUGACGACAUUUCGGGAGCUCUAUUGGCUCCGAGCCUUGACUGGUAUCGCGGUUGGCGGCGCGGCACCUCUGACGUACUCGCUGUCGAGCGAUUUGUUCGAUUCGACGGAGCGGACGAAGAUGAGCGCGGUGACAGGGUUGGCGAUGACGCUCGGGGUCGUGUUUGGGCAGGCGACGUCGGGGUUUUUGGGUGAGAAGUAUGGGUGGCGCGUCCCGUUCGUCGUAGUGGCGAUACCCGGGAUGUGUGUCGCAAUAGUUUUGAUGUUCUUUGUGGAGGAACCCAAGCGUGGAGCUAUGGAGUCGAUCGAAGACGAAGAGCACAGUCAACACCACGAGUCCCUGGUGCGCUCGCGUCCGACGACGCCGUCGAUCGCUGAGCGACCAAGCGCACGCGUGGAUUUCGGCGAACAGGCAAAGCGGUUCACUCACAAGUUGCGAGGUAUUGUAUCCGUUCGUACCGUCGCUCUCUUCUUAGCUCAAGGUAUCUCAGGAUGCGUUCCAUGGAGCAUGAUUAACACCUUCUUUAACGACUACCUCGCGCAAGACAAGGGAUUGGGUGUGAAGCACAGCACGGCGCUGUUGGUGACGUUUAGCGUCGGAGGAAUGGUGGGUACUGUCGGAGCCGGUUGGUACGGCCAAAAAUUGUAUAACGAAGAGCCACAAAAGGUUUCAAUCUUUAUGGGCGUCUCGGCGAUCGUCGGCGUGUUCCCGACUGCAUAUCUGGUCUUGGCUGACUACAGAAACUCAGACUUUGACAUUGCUACAAAGGGUCUCAUCGCUUUCGUCGCGGGUAUAAUCGUGUGCUGCGUCGGCGUAAACAUUCGAGCAGUAUUGCUCAAUGUCUUGCAUCCAAUCAAUCGAGGCACGGCGUUCUCCCUCUUCAUGCUCACCGACGACUUGGGAAAAGGUUUGGGACCACUCAUUGUCGCCCUUCUUGUUGACAUGCUUGGUCGCGAGUCGGCUUUCUUCCUUUCCGUAUUGUUUUGGAUCCCGUGCGGUCUUCUCAUCGGUGCCUCGUCGUACACUGUGCCGCAUGAUCUACAAACCGUCUCUGAGCGCUAUCAGAAAGAUCUCGCCGAGGAAAACCGUCUGUCACGAACCGAUUAA